AUGGAAGCCAACGACCGUAGCGUGGUAAAGGCCUUCAUCAUCCUGGGCUUCUCCAGCAUGCCACAUCUCCAGGCCUUGUCCUUCAUCUUGAUCCUGGCUACCUAUGUCCUGACACUGACUGCCAAUCUGGUCAUUAUUUCAGUGGUGAAGGCCAAACAACACCUGCACCGCCCCAUGUAUUAUUUCCUGUGCAGCUUCUCCUUUCUGGAUAUCUUAUUUACCACCUCCAUUGCGCCCAAGAUGCUGGAGAGCUUAGUGGAAGUUAGGAGCACUAUCUCUGUGGCUGACUGCAUAGCCCAGCUCUAUCUUUUCUUCACCCUGGGCUCCACCCAGUGUUUCCUCCUGGCCAUCAUGACCUAUGACCGCAACUUGGCCAUCUGUCACCCUCUGCGGUACCCGGCCAUCAUGACCAUGUGGAUCUGCACCCGACUGAUAGGGAUGGUCUUGCAGGGUGGCUUCCUAGCCCCCUUGCUGCCCAUUAUCUUCAUCUCCCAGCUCUCAUUCUGUGGGCCUGAGGAAAUCCAACACUACUUCUUGGAUGCGGGGCCCUUGCUGAGGCUAGCAUCAAGCUGA